CUGGAUAGAACUUACACUGGUUUGCAGACGCUGGGUGCAGAGACGGUAGUGGAUGUUGAACUUCAUCGGCAUUCUCUUGGAGAAGACUACAUUUAUCCUGAGUCAGACAUCUCUGAUGCUCCUGCAUCAUUGACUGUUCCAGCCCCAGAGAAGGCUUCUUCACCAAUAGCACAGUCCCUCGAGCCUCUGUCCGAUGCCUCUGUGGGGAAAGGAUUCCCAGACAACACUGAAUCUGAAAGACAUACCACAUUUUAUUCUUUGCCUUCUUCGUUGGAAAGAACACCCACCAAAGUGACAACAGCACAGAAAGUUACCUUCUGUUCACAUGGCAAUUCUGCUUUCCAACCAAUAGCCUCAAGCUGCAAAAUUGUGCCCCAAAGUCAGGCGCCCAAUCCCGAGUCACCCGGAAAGUCUUUUCAGCCCAUCACUGUAAGCUGUAAGAUCGUCUCAGGUUCCCCAAUAUCAACUCCAAGUCCAUCACCAUUGCCUCGAACCCCAACUUCCACUCCCCUCCACAUGAAGCAAGGCACUCCUGGCUCUGUCAUAAGCAAUCCUUAUGUUAUCGUGGAUAAGCCUGGGCAGGUUAUUGGCGCCUCCACUCCCAGUACAGGAAGUCCUACAAACAAGCUCCCUAUGACCUCUCAGGUUUCCCAGGGAACAGGGUCCCCUGUUCCUAAAAUCCAUGGAAGUAGUUUCUUAACGUCCACAGUCAAGCAGGAGGAUUCUUUGUUUGCAUCCAUGCCCCCUCUUUGCCCAAUUGGGAGUCACCCAAAAGUCCAAAGCCCCAAACCUGUAACUGGAGGACUUGGAGCUUUCACAAAGGUGAUCAUCAAACAAGAACCUGGGGAAGCCCCUCAUGUGCCCACAGCAGGAGCUGCCAGCCAGUCAUCACUUCCUCAGUAUGUGACUGUGAAAGGGAGUCACAUGAUAGCUGUGUCCCCUCAAAAGCAGGUCAUCAGUGCUGGAGAAGGGACUGCUCAGUCACCAAAGAUUCAGCCCUCCAAGGUUGUUGGGGUGCCUGUUGGUUCUACCUUACCUUCCACAGUAAAGCAGGCUGUGGCAAUCAGUAGUGGCCAAAUCCUUGUUGCCAAAGCCAGCUCUUCGGUUGCCAAAGCGUUUGGUCCAAAGCAAGUUGUGACUCAAGGAGUUGCCAAAGCACUUGUGAGUGGAGGUGGAGGGACCAUUGUUGCUCAGCCAGUACAGACUUUAACUAAGGCUCAGGUCACCACCACUGGCCCUCAGAAGAGUGGAUCCCAGGGCUCAGUAAUGGCAACAUUGCAGCUACCAGCCACUAAUCUGUCCAACUUGGCAAAUUUGCCUCCAGGCACCAAACUCUACCUUACCACGAACAGCAAGAACCCUUCAGGAAAAGGAAAACUGCUGCUGAUCCCUCAAGGAGCCAUCCUUCGAGCUACCAACAGUGCUAGCCUCCAGUCUGGCUUGGCUGCUACUGGUGGCAGUGGCAGUAGCAGCAGCGGUGGUGGUGCAGGAGGGGGAGGCAGUGGAGGUGGCAGUGGCACCGGAGCAGGAGGAAACCAAAGCACCACCGGCCCAGGAGGGGUCUCCCAGCACCUGACUUACACAUCCUACAUCCUCAAGCAAACUCCCCAGGGCACAUUCUUGGUUGGCCAGCCAUCACCCCAAACAUCUGGAAAACAGCUGACUGCAGCCCCAGUUGUCCAAGGCACACUGGGAGUCAGCACAACUUCUGCACAGGGACAGCAGACAUUAAAAGUCAUCUCUGGACAGAAAACCACCUUGUUUACACAGGCAGCCCCUGGUGGGCAGGCAUCUCUAAUGAAGAUAUCUGAUAGCACCUUGAAGUCUGUGCCAGCCACUUCACAACUCUCAAAGCCUGGAACCACAAUGCUUCGAGUAGCGGGAGGGGUUAUCACAGCUGCUCCCUCCCCCACUGUGGCCUUUUCAGCAAAUGGUACAGCACAACAGUCAGAAGGAACAGCCGCUGUUUCAUCUUCUAUUGGUUCUAUAAUGAAAACUACUGGGCAGCCACAAGUGUGUGUCAGCCAGGCUACCAUGGGGAUCUGCAAAGUUACAGCUCCUGCUGUCGUCAGCACAUCGUCCCUGGUGUCCACACCGAACUCCAUCUCAGGAAAAGCCACAGUAUCAGGACUGUUGAAGAUUCAUUCCAGUCAGUCCAGUCCCCAGCAGGCUGUCCUGACAAUUCCCAGCCAGCUCAAACCACUAAGUGUGAACACCUCUGGCAGUGUGCAGACGAUCCUGAUGCCUGUGAAUAAAGUGGUUCAGUCAUUUUCUGCCAACAAAUCACCUACCAUCCUGCCCAUAGCUGUCCCGACUCCAGCUGCCUCCAGCUCUACUCCAGUAGCUAUUGCAAAAGUGAAGACUGAACCAGAAACUCCUGGGCCAAACUGCCUUUCACAGGAAGGCCAAACAGCGGUGAAGACCGAAGAAAGCUCUGAACUUAGCAACUACAUCAUUAAGAUCGACCAUUUGGAGACUACCCAACAGCUCUUAACAGCAGUAGUAAAGAAGAUUCCAUUAAUUACUUCAAAAAGUGAAGAGGCCAGCUGUUUCUCUGCGAAGUCUGUGGAGCAGUAUUAUGGCUGGAACAUCGGGAAGAGGAGAGCUGCUGAGUGGCAAAGAGCAAUGACAAUACGAAAAGUCUUACAAGAAAUCCUGGAGAAGAAUCCAAGGUUUCAUCACUUGACUCCCCUAAAAACCAAGCACAUUGCUCACUGGUGCCGCUGCCAUGGCUACACCCCACCAGACCCUGAGAGCCUGAGGCAUGAUGGAGACUCCAUUGAGGAUGUACUGACCCAGAUCGACAGCGAGCCAGAGUGCCUGUCAUCAUUCUCCUCUGCUGAUGACCUCUGCCGGAAGCUGGAAGAGCUGCAGCAGUUUCAGAAAAGAGAGCUGGAGAACGAGGAGGAGGUGGACAUCCUCAACCUUCCUGAGCCACUGAAGACAAACAUCAAAAAGGAGCAGGAAGAAAAGCCGGAAGAGAUGAAAUUCUGUCUGCCACCAACCGUAGGCUCUGAAUUUGUUGGUGACCUUACACAGAAGAUCGGAGUCACCCUGCAGCCUGUGGCACUGCACAAGAACACGUAUGCCUCCAUAGUAGAGGACAUGAUCUUAAAGGCCACGGAGCAGCUGGUGAGUGACAUCCUGAGACAGGCGCUGGCAGUUGGUUACCAGACAGCAUCUCAUAACAGGGUUCCCAAAGAAGUCACAGUGAGUAACAUUCACCAGGCCAUUUGCAGCAUUCCUUUUCUGGACUUCCUCACAAACAAACACAUGGGGAGAAUGAAUGAGGAUCAAUGAAUGCAGUGAUGGAGAUGGUCCUAGAAAAGCAGUGUUUGAAGCUGUAUCUGAAGCCCAAAAGCUGUGGUGACUUAUGUGUUCCAGGAAAGUGGCAGUUUUCUGUGUGCCUUGGGAUAUGGUAGAUACCCAACCAUCACCUCCACCUAACUGAGUACAGUAUUAGAGCACUCAGUUCAGAUGAAACCUUUUAGGACAAAGUUAUUUCCGGACUCUGAAGGGAAGCUGAAUGAAUCAAUUUUGUCAGCUUUCAUUUCUUCACUCUCUAAAGGCUCUGGAGGGGUCUUAGAGCCAGACCAGGGUCAUACAUAGCGUUCCCUCCCUCCUUAGGAUGUACUUGGGGGCACUUGGGGCCUGGCUUCCCGGAAAACAGAAAAAGCCUGACAGGCUAGGGGUUAUACCUCCUCUGUGGUCUGGGGUUACCCAAAGAUGGCUCAGGCUUCUCACUGAGGGAGUAAUUAUCUUCUCCCGCCUGUCUCAGUAUAGAAAAACUGCACUUUUGGCCCAUGUGAGUCAGCUACAGAGGAGGUAAUGCACCAUGUGGAGAACCGGAGACCUAGAAGGCUGCAGACUGAGCAGAAUUCUUUUUUCAUGAAACCCAGGAGCCAGUGCUUCUGUGACAGCUAGUGUCAAAGCAGUGUUGAGGGAUGGACAUGUCCCAGCAGAGGUCAGAAGGCAUCAAGCCUAGGUCACUAUGACCCAGGAAGCACUACGACUGUUAGUGUGGACAGCAUCCACAAAGUCUGCCCUUGGUAGCAUUGUGCCAGCUCAGUGAGUGUGUGAUAAGCUGAGUGCUGGUCCCCCACAUUCAUG